UUACAGUUUGUAGUAGUCGGGUUGGAGCAAAGGAAAAAAACUCAUCUCAAAUGUCUCUCACAGUGUAAAGAUAUCUACCAAUCCAAUAUACCGGGAGAACUAUCUAAAAUGGUAUGUACAUGCGCAUAGCAUAGAUAUCCGAAGAUGAAACUAACAUGUUUUAUAGGCUGGGAUCAAGAAAAAGUCUACGUUGAGAGAUAAGUCCUCAAAGAAAUCCAAUCUUGCGUCUAAAAUCUCCCAAUUCAAACAAGAGAAUAAUGACGAGGGGUCAUCAGAUUCGUACCACGAAAACCCAAUGUUAAAGUUGGCCAAAACUUCCAAAAAGGAAAAACAACAAACAAAGUCCAACAACUUCACUGCUAAACUAAUGAACAAAGUUACAUUCAACACUUCUAAUAACCUCAGCAAGUCUGCCUUGCGAAGAAAAAAGAGACGAGAAAAAGAACAAUUGAAACCAAAAAUGGAUGAAUUGUUUCUGAGUUUACCGGAAACGUCAACAAACACCGACAUAACCAACAAUACCACCACGAAAAUCGUCACAGCCUCUUCUGGUGAGGGGUUUAUUAAGUCUUCCAAGUCAAACCUUAAUAAGCCCAACCCCAGUAAAUCAAGUGGGUUUAAACAGAUACUAAAAGAUGAGCAUAAGAACUUCAACAAUGUGUUGAAAAACCCUCAAUUUAGAACAUCUCCGUUUGAUGCGUUAAGAAAUGCAAUUCAGCAAAACAUGAAAUAGAACUAAAUAGGAGUCAAUGACGAC